CGUCACUGGGCGACAUAAGUCCCACAAUGCAGCGUCAUUUUCAGCUAAACUGAGUGACUUUAUGUCCUCUGACAGUGAACAACUUUAAACAUACCUCCUGAUUCUCCUCAGUUCUCUAGUGUCCAUCCUUUCAGCCUGUGGCUGUGGGAUCAGGAUAACGACUAAUAAACUAAUAAUGGAUCCUGAAUCUGAACAUCGCCUUCUACGUCAAAUCAACAUUCAAAAUGACAACUUGAGCCCUGUUAAAAUGACACAGAGUCUGUGUUGUCGGAGACCCAGCGGCUCACCAUUAACUUCACCCAGUAAGUUUGGAGACAGAUUCAUCCCGACCAGAGCAGGGGCCAACUGGAAUAUCAACUUCCACAGGAUCAAUGAAAAUGAGAAGUCACCAAGUCAAAACAGAAAGACAAAGGAUGCUUCUUCUGAUAAUAUCAAAGCAGAUGGGCUGGCCUACUCUGCCUUAUUGAAGAAUGAGCUGCUAGGAGCAGGAAUAGAAAAGAUCCAGGAUCCGCAGACAGAGGACAGACGUCUACAGCCUUCGACCCCUGAGAAGAGGAGUCUUUUCUCUUACUCACUUAAUACAAAAAGGUCAUCACCAGACGAAGGCAUCAACAUCUCCCCCUACUCUCUAUCACCUGUCAGCAUCAAAAGUCAGAAGUUGUUGCGUUCACCAAGAAAGCCAACUCGGAAGAUCUCCAAGAUACCCUUUAAAGUCUUGGAUGCUCCAGAGCUGCAGGAUGACUUUUACCUUAAUUUGGUGGACUGGUCAUCUCUCAACGUGCUCAGUGUCGGCCUGGGCACAUGUGUUUACCUGUGGAGUGCCUGCACCAGCCAGGUAACAAGGCUAUGUGAUCUAUCAGUGGAGGGAGACUCAGUCACAUCAGUUGGGUGGUCUGAAAGGGGUAACCUGGUAGCAGUGGGGACGCACAAAGGCUACGUUCAGAUCUGGGAUGCGGGUGCUGGGAAGAAACUCUUUUCUCUGGAAGGACACACGGCCAGAGUUGGAGCAUUAGCCUGGAAUGCAGACCAGUUGUCUUCAGGGAGCCGUGAUCGUAUGAUUCUUCAAAGAGAUGUACGGACUCCCCCACUACAGUCAGAGAGACGGCUACAGGGACAUAGGCAGGAAGUGUGUGGCUUGAAGUGGAGCACUGACCAUCAGCUGCUCGCCUCUGGUGGCAACGACAAUAAGCUGCUGGUGUGGAACCAUUCCUCACUGAGCCCAGUGCAAGUAUACAUGGAUCACCUGGCUGCAGUGAAAGCCAUUGCCUGGUCUCCCCACCAACAUGGCCUGCUCGCCUCUGGGGGCGGCACUGCUGACCGCUGCAUUCGAUUUUGGAACACCCUGACGUCUCAGCCACUGCAAUGUAUGGACACCGGCUCACAGGUCUGCAACCUGGCCUGGUCCAAGCAUGCUAAUGAGCUGGUGAGCACCCAUGGCUACUCUCAGAACCAGAUCUUGGUGUGGAAAUAUCCAGCGCUCACCCAAGUAGCCAAACUCACAGGUCACUCCUACAGAGUGCUCUACUUGGCCAUGUCCCCGGACGGUGAGGCGAUCGUCACAGGAGCUGGAGACGAGACGCUGCGUUUCUGGAAUGUGUUCAGUAAAACAAGGUCAACAAAGGAAUCUGUAUCGGUUCUAAAUCUCUUUACCAGGAUACGGUGACUUUGAAAAAAUAAUAUAAAAAACUCUAUUGACUGAUGAGUGUCACCACUGGACAACUCAUCACCAUGGUGCUAAGAACAGACAGAACAAACUAAGGCAUUUCGUUCAUUUUUUUCACAGAGGAAAUGGCAGCGAGAACUACUUAACGAGUGUGAUUUUCUUUUAAUUUUUUAU